CUGCAGAGCAGACUUGUCCGAAAUUUAGUCCUCGGUCUCACCUCCCUCUCUCGAUCAUAGUCCCCUCGCUUCCGUAUUUGAACAUUUCACACCUCUUCCAUAUUCGACGACGAUAUUCAACAGCAUCGCUGUCGUCUUCGUCGCAUUGAUCAUCCAACGCCCCGCGACGAUCCACAGAGAGAAUCGAAGGAGUAGCACCGGCUCUCAAGCGUCUGCUCCGGCGGAUCUGAGCGGAGAUGGCGCUGUCCGGCAUGAGGGGCCUCUCCGUGUUCAUCAGCGACAUCCGGAAUUGCCAGAACAAAGAGCAGGAGCGCCUUCGCGUCGAUAAAGAGCUCGGCAACGUCCGCACUCGUUUCAAAAACGAGAAGGGUUUGACACAUUAUGAAAAGAAGAAAUAUGUUUGGAAAAUGCUUUACAUCUAUAUGCUGGGUUAUGACGUUGAUUUUGGUCAAAUGGAAGCUGUUUCUUUGAUAUCUGCACCUAAGUAUCCAGAGAAACAGGUUGGGUACAUAGUGACAUCAUGUUUGCUCAAUGAAAAUCAUGAUUUUUUAAGAUUAGCAAUUAAUGCUGUCCGCAACGAUAUUAUUGGCCGCAAUGAAACUUUUCAGUGCCUCGCAUUGACUUUGGUUGGGAAUAUUGGUGGGAGAGAGUUUGCUGAAUCAUUAGCACCUGAUGUUCAGAAGUUACUUACUUCCAGUAGUUGCAGACCACUUGUGAGGAAGAAGGCUGCCUUGUGUCUCCUUCGCCUGUAUAGGAAGAACCCUGAUGUUGUUAAUGUUGACGGUUGGUCAGAUCGGAUGGCACAACUAUUAGAUGAACGUGAUCUGGGUGUUUUGACAUCUUCUAUGAGCCUUCUUGUUGCUUUAGUGGCAAAUAAUUAUGAGACCUAUUGGAGUUGUCUUCCAAAAUGUGUUAAAAUAUUGGAAAGGCUUGCUAGGAACCAGGAUAUUCCACCAGAGUACACUUACUAUGGUAUCCCAUCUCCCUGGCUUCAGGUUAAGACAAUGAGAGCCCUUCAGUAUUUUCCAACUGUGGAAGAUCCAAAUGCUAGACAAACAUUGUUUGAGGUUUUGCAAAGGAUACUAUUGGGAACUGAUGUUGUAAAAAAUGUAAACAAAAAUAAUGCGUCACAUGCUGUCCUCUUUGAAGCCCUUGCUCUUGUCAUGCAUCUUGAUGCUGAAAAAGAAAUGAUGUCUCAGUGUGUUGCCUUGCUUGGAAAAUUCCUUACUGUUCGUGAGCCAAAUAUUCGAUAUCUUGGUUUGGAGAACAUGACCCGGAUGUUGAUGGUUUCAGAUGUUCAGGAUAUCAUCAAAAGGCAUCAAGCACAAAUCAUCACUUCAUUGAAGGAUCCAGACAUCAGUAUUCGGAGACGUGCUCUUGAUCUGCUUUAUGGCAUGUGUGAUGUUUCUAAUGCAAAGGACAUAGUUGAAGAAUUGUUGCAGUAUCUUAACACAGCAGAUUUUGCUAUGCGUGAAGAAUUGUCUCUAAAAGCUGCUAUUCUAGCAGAAAAGUUUGCGCCUGACCUGUCAUGGUAUGUGGAUGUGAUCCUUCAGCUGAUUGACAAGGCAGGAGAUUUUGUUAGUGAUGAUAUUUGGUUUCGUGUUGUGCAGUUUGUUACAAACAACGAGGACCUACAGCCUUAUGCAGCAGUAAAAGCCAGAGAGUUUCUUGACAAGCCUGCUUUACAUGAGACUAUGGUCAAGGUCAGUGCUUAUAUCCUAGGAGAAUACAGCCACCUCCUGGCCAGACGACCUGGGUGUAGUCCAAAGGAAAUUUUUACCAUCCUACAUGAGAAGCUUCCUACAGUUUCGACAUCUAUGAUUCCCAUUCUUCUUUCAACGUAUGCUAAGAUUUUAAUGCGCACUCAACCCACUGACCCAGAACUGCAGAAUCAAAUUUGGGCAAUUUUUCACAAAUAUGAAAGUUGUAUUGAUAUUGAAACGCAGCAAAGGGCUGUGGAAUAUAUUGCAUUGAGUAGAAAAGGUGCAGCCUUAGUGGAUAUAAUGGCUGAAAUGCCUAAAUUCCCCGAGCGCCGGUCAGCAUUGAUCCAAAAAGCUGAAGAGACUGAAGCUGAUACAGCAGAGCAAAGUGCUAUUAGGUUGCGAGCACAGCAACAGACUUCUAGUGCUCUGGUCAUGACUGAGCAACGCCCUGCCAACGGAAUGCCACCUGUUAGCCAGCAUAGUCUGGUAAAAGUGUCUAGGAUGAGCAAUGAGGUGAUCCAGGGUGGAGUAUUUCAACAGGACCCUAAUACAGCAGGUCAAGGGGUGACUCAAGCAAAUGGGACUCUGAGUGUGGUGGAUCCCCAACCUCCUGAGCCUUCAGCUGAUCUCCUUGGUGAUCUCUUUAGUCCACUAGCUAUUGAAGGACCUCCAGGUGCUGCAGUGAAAUCUAAGCAUAAUAUGGCGUCUGGACCACAAGGUGCUCCAAAUGAAGAAGAGAUUCUAGCACUUGCACCUGUCGAAGAGCAGACAAACCCUGUUCAGCCAAUAGGAAAUAUUGCAGAAAGAUUCCGUGCUUUAUGCUUGAAAGAUAGCGGUGUAUUGUACGAAGAUCCUUACAUUCAGAUUGGUAUUAAAGCAGAGUGGCAAGCUCAUCAAGGCCGAGUUGUUCUUUUCUUGGGGAACAAGAAUACUGCUCCACUGCUUUCAGUUCAAGCUCUGAUAUUGCCUCCGUCCCAUCUAAUGAUGGAGCUUUCAUUAGUACCUGAAACUAUUCCUCCACGGGCACAGGUGCAAUGCCCGCUGGAAAUCAUCAAUCUCCAGCCAAGUAGAGAUCUAGCUGUUCUUGACUUUUCCUACAAGUUUGGAACUCAUGUGAUCAAUGUCAAGCUCCGCCUUCCUGCUGUUUUGAAUAAAUUUCUUCAGCCUAUAUCAGUGUCUGCUGAAGAGUUUUUCCCUCAAUGGAGAUCACUCUCUGGAGCACCAUUGAAACUUCAAGAGGUGGUUAAAGGUGUAAGGCCAAUGUCGCUUGCUGAAAUGGCAAACUUGUUGAACAGUUUCCGACUAAUGAUAUCUCCUGGGCUUGAUCCAAAUGCCAAUAACUUGGUUGCAAGCACAACUUUCUAUUCAGAGAGUACACAAGCAAUGUUGUGUUUGAUAAGAAUUGAAACAGAUCCAACAGAUAGAACACAGCUGCGGAUGACUGUCGCCACGGGGGAUCCCACUCUAACAUUUGAAUUGAAGGAGUUUAUUAAGGAACAAUUGAUUAGCAUUCCGACAAUUUCCCGGGCACCAGCAGCAGCUCCUCCACAAGCCCAACCCACCAGUCCAACAACUAUUGUAUCUGAUCCAGGGGCCCUGCUUGCCGGCUUGCUUCAUUAAAGUGGAUAUGGAUCUUUUUAGCAACAUUUGUAGAACGGAUUAUGUGGUAUUCCACCCAUUAUUCCCCCAAGCUCAAGAGGAGUGAUGAACAUGUAAGAUGCAACGGCUUGGGCUCGCUGGCUUAAUGUUUCGACUUGGAUUUGGGUCAGGCAUUCGAGGUUCUCAGCAAAGAGAGUUUUCCUGAUUUGAGACGAGGAUUUGCCCUUUUCUUUUACUUUCUUUUGUUUGUUUGUUUGUUCAUUUCCCUUUUGUAUUCAAUUGUAUUAUGUUUUCCUCUAGUGGGGUUUCUCUCUGGGUUGGUGGCUUCUGGAAUAUGGUUAGUCAGUCCAUGAGCAGUUGAACUCAAAAAGUAAUGCCGGUUGUAAAAUUUUUAUUUGUUUGUGGAUAAAUAUUGAAGGGAAUAAAGCAAUUGCAAAAGAAUAGAAAAUUCAAUGCUAUUAA